AUGUUUCGCUCUAAUUAUGCUCAACUCGCCCCUUGUUUAAGUGAAAAUGAACAAUCUUUGACCAUGUCUGCAUUGCUUAUGAAGAAAUUAACGAAUUCCAAAGUUGAUACGAAGAAAACUAAGAAUAAACUGAAUAAACGGAGAAGUUUCUCAGAGUUUGUUUGCGAGUUUUCUCACUAUUGGGGUAUGAAACUUUGGGAUUUAUAA